AAAAUAAGACGCAAUCGGCGGCCGGCUAACAGAAGACGCAGAAGAUGCUCCCAUGGCGUUUCCCAACCACCAGCGCGAUUGGACUGCUGAUUUGGCUCGGCUGGCUUUCCACGGUGGUCCCGGCAAACAUCAUCCAUAACGUGCUGGGGGUCCCGGACACUUGUGUGUACCAAAACCAGUUGCGUGCCUGUCGCCUGUCGUUCUCCUGCUGGCUGGAAGGUGGCCGGCACGUGUCGGGAUGCGGCGAAAACCGGUGGCUGAUGUCGUGCUGCGUGCCGGAGAGCGAGCUGUCGGGUACGCUGAUCGCCCCGAAAGUGGCCUACGCCGGCCCAAUGGUUCCGGUGGCUCUGCUGCCCCCGUUGGUACCCGCACCUAACCGCCCGAACAUGCUCAUUCCGCCACAGUUUUCGAAGCAGAAAAGCUUCUUCCACCGCCGUUCCGACCAACUGAUGCAGACCGAGUGUGGCAUUCAGCAAACAUCGCAAAACACCCUGCAGAAGCGCAUCAUCGGCGGGAGGACGGCCAACUUUGCCGAGUAUCCGUGGCAGGCGCACAUACGGAUCGCCGAGUACCAGUGCGGCGGUGUCCUGGUGUCGCGCAGGUUCGUGGCGACCGCGGCCCACUGCAUACAGCAGGCACGCCUGAAGGACAUCGUCAUCUAUUUGGGUGAGCUGGACACGCAGAAUUCGGGCAAGAUCAUGGAACCGCUGCCGGCCGAGAAGCAUCGCGUCGAGCUGAAGAUCGUGCACCCGAAGUUCAUCUUUCGCAUGACCCAGCCCGAUCGGUACGACCUGGCACUGCUGAAGCUGACGCGCCCGGCUGGCUACAAAUCGCACAUCCUGCCGAUCUGCCUACCGAUGCGCCCGCUCGAUCUGGUUGGCCGGAAGGGUAUUAUCGCGGGUUGGGGCAAAACGAACGCCAACAUGGGACAAACGGGAACCAACAUUCUGCACACGGCUGCGGUUCCUAUCAUAAGUACAAAAGAGUGUCUGCGAUGGCACAAGAGUAAAAAAAUCAACGUUGAGCUGUUCAACGAAAUGUUCUGCGCCGGGCACUCCGAUGGCCAUCAGGACGCGUGUUUGGGCGAUUCAGGCGGCCCGCUGAUCAUAAACGAUCGCGGGCGGUACACACUGAUCGGGAUUACAAGUGCCGGCUUCGGCUGUGGAGUCGACCAUCAACCGGGCAUCUACCAUAACGUUCAGAAGACGAUCAAAUGGAUACAGAGCGUAGUGAUGGCUUGCCUGCCCUCGGUGCUGAUGCUGCUGCUGCUCCUGUUGGUGGUGCAGCUCGCGUUCGGCUCGGAAGUAUCCCGUGUCCGGUUUGAGGGGGCCGUCGCGGGCCAGGAGUACGCCAACGCGAACGAGCGCUUCAACGAGGUGCUGGACCGUGCCAAUCUGCGCACCCUCAUCAGCCGCCAGCUGCCCAAGCAGGGCCGAUUUUUCGAAGAGUUCGACGGAAAACGGGACGGAAACGGGGCGAAGACGGGCGAAGAAACGUUCUCAUCGGAAAGUGGGCCCGUGGGUGCGAUGGCGAUGUGGCUGUUGCUGGUGGUGAUGGUGGUGGGGUCCGCCGGGGCACAGAGUGGACCGUCGCCGCAGCAGGAACAGGAUAUACUGCUGCUCGAUGCCCUCGGCAAACGUCAAACGUUCAACGGCGAAGACUUUGGUCAAAACUCCAUCAUCGAGCUGCUGGGCAGAAUGAUCCCCCAGACGUGCCGCCACAAGGGGCGCAAGUUUGAGUGCGGCCUCUCGCUGUCCUGCGUGCUGGGCGGCGGAAAACCACUCGAUCUCUGUUCCGGCGGGAUGAUCUGGUCGUGCUGCAUCGAUCGCGAGUUCGCGCCGGAGAACGACCCCGAGCAGGGCGCCGUACACAAUGCCAGUUGCGGGGAGCUGUACACACGGACGAACCGCAUUGUGGGGGGCCACUCGAGCGGAUUCGGAACGCACCCGUGGCAGGCGGCCCUCAUCAAGUCGGGUUUCCUGACGAAGAAGCUGAGCUGCGGCGGGGCCCUCAUCUCGAACCGUUGGGUCGUGACGGCGGCCCACUGUGUGGCAACGACCCCAAACAGUAACCUCAAGGUACGGCUCGGAGAGUGGGACGUGCGGGAUCAGGAGGAACGGCUGACGCACGAGGAGUACUCGAUCGAGCGGAAGGAAGUCCACCCCAACUACUCGCCGAGUGACUUCCGGAACGACAUCGCACUGGUCAAACUGGAUCGCAAAGUCGUCUUCCGGCAGCACAUCCUGCCGGUGUGUUUGCCACCGAAAACGGUUAAGCUGGUGGGCAAAAUGGCGACCGUGGCCGGCUGGGGACGAACGCGGCACGGUCAGAGCACGGUGCCGUCCGUGCUGCAGGAGGUGGACGUGGAAGUGAUACCGAACGAGCGGUGCCAGCGGUGGUUCCGGGCGGCGGGAAGGCGCGAAACGAUCCACGAUGUGUUUCUGUGCGCCGGCUACAAGGAGGGAGGACGGGACAGCUGCCAGGGUGACUCGGGCGGGCCGCUGACUCUGUCGAUCGAUGGCCGCAAGACGCUAAUUGGGCUCGUCUCGUGGGGCAUCGGGUGCGGCCGGGAGCACCUGCCGGGCGUGUACACCAACAUCCAGAAGUUCGUUCCGUGGGUCGAGAAGGUGAUGGGCAAGGAGUACUGAGAGAAAGCCCUCAGGCCUCAGGGUGGUAGAUUCUAA